AUGGCUGCUCUCACCAUGACUCCCCCCACUCGCCAGCCCUUUGCCAGCCUGGAUACCCUCAGGAUGCGUCCCCUGAUGCGGUCGAAGCUGAACCGCCAGAACCAGCAAAAUGGCGCGGCAAUGUCUGCCAAAAGCUCCAUCUUCAUCGACGACUCCGAGAACAUCGAUCCCCACGCCCUCGGCGUCUCCGGUAAGCGCAAGCGCACCAUUGACGAAGACGACAUCUCCAAGGGCUCGCCCAAGCCCCUCAAGGCCUCCCGCAUGGCUCUAUCCACCCGCGACAUGAACUUCGCCCCCCGGCUCUCCACCCCGUCGAAGCUAUCCCUGUCAACCCCCAAAUCCGCCCCCAUCCUCAAGCCCGCGGGUCGCUCGCCCCCGCCCAAGUCCAUCAAGUCCCUCUCCAGUCGCCGGUCGACCAUCGUGAAGGCCCGUCCUGAGCCCAGCAAGCGCGGCGGCGUCGCUCGCCCUUUCUCCCUAGCCACCGCUCUCGCCCAGGGCAAGUCCAAGGCCCCCUCGACGCCCAAGGGCCCGGCCUCGUGGUUCUUCGACAUCCACGUCGACUCGGAGCAGGAGGAGAUGACCAACCUGAUGCAGCACUCGACCGGGGUGCUCGAUAUCAGUGACGACGAGGGAAAGAACGCUGCUGCCGAUGGCCGCGGCAAGGAGAACGUCCCUCCUGCUGAGGUGGGCAUUGACCUGCCUCGUUCGCGUCAGGCAAUGGCGAUGGCCGCUGCCGCUGCCGCCCGCAAGGCCUCCAAGAUGGAGGAGGACCGCGCCCCGCUCGGCGAGCUCAAUGCUGCCGAUUAUUACCCCGAGGACUGCAAUGCGUUCUCGUUCGCCGUAGUGCAUGAUGAGCCGAACGAGAAUGUCCCGACGUCCAAGAAGAUGACUCCUCCGUCCCAGUCUAUCUUUGUCCCGCCUGCCAUCACUACGUCCAUCGCUUCGCUGCUGGAGACGGCAAUCCCGCUCAAGCAGACUGCCGAGGCUAUUGAUGCCGGCAAUGAGAUUGCGGAGAGCUCUCGUCCAGCCGAGGAUGCCUCAUAG